CGGCUUUAUGUCCAGCAGAUGGCGCGCUUUGACUAGCUUAACCGUUAUGUUUACUCUCUUUCAUUUGCUACUCAAUUUGAUAGCUGAGACAGCUUGAUUACACACGUAUGGUCAGCAGGGGGCGCCAGACUAUUCCUAGCUGUAAAGUAGAGUAAUUGCUGUUGGUUAUUUAUGGCAUAAAAUCCUACCUCACCCCCCAAAUGAGAUUUGACAUUAAACACAAGCAUACUUACCAAAAGCCGAACUGUUAACAAUUGUUUACUGUUUAACUCUAAACGCAAACGCUAUGUGGGCUAUUCUUUGUCCUUCCAAACAAGGGCAAUGGCUUUUGAAUUGUGCUGCAACACUAGCUGUUUUAAUAAAUCAGUUGACAACAAUUUCGAGUUUAGUUUAAUAUUAAGAAUUUGGUAGAUGAUAUAUUAUGUACUUGGAAUAAAACAUUGACAAUAAAAACCACAAACUGUAACUUUAUCAAGUGUAAAAGGUGAUCUAAAAAGAUGGGUCUUAGGCUAAAAAGUUGAUUUAAUCAUACAUUUCAAACAAUUUAUGCAUCUAAACCGCAAAAAUUGUGAUCAGUAUUUUCCUACAUUCUGUAGGUUAAUGCCCCACACUCCAUAGAGCAGGGUAGGCUACCCAUAGUGUUUCCUAAGAACAACAGGAAAUGUGUGCCACCCAUUCAAUAGGGUGGCACCAGAUCAGACGUCGAGAUUAAAUGUACAUCUCAAAGUAUGUUUUUCAAUGAUUGCCUCUGUCUUAUCAGCUGUUGUCUGUGGGUGACAAAUUGUACCAAAACCAUUCUUAGUCGUACUUAUGUAUAGCUUUGUUAAACAUGUAGCCUUGGCGUCAUGAAACCCUUUGCAAAAAUGGGGAAUUGCAAAAAUAACUCAAUCAACACAACAGCAAAUCAUUUGUAUAUGCACCUCUAUGGACUCUGGACUCUGGAGCAUUCGAUAUGUCUGUUCAUAUUUGCCUGUUUACUUCCUUUAGCCACUUGACCAUCAAGUUGUCCGAUGAAUACAUUUUAUAUAUGCAUUUUUAAUUGAUUAUAUUAGAUUAGUCGGAAUAAAAACAAUGAUCUCAGCGCACAUGUUUCUUAACAAAGCCAGAAACGAGUCUAUUGGCCGGUGUAAUCAAGAGAGUGGAUUGGAUGGACAACGGCUUACAUUUGGGUGGGGCAAAUAGGAAUGGAAGCUCAUGCCUUAAUUCGACCAAAUCAGACCUGCAGUGCUGACCAUUGUGGCCUUAUCUUAGGGACUGGGUCUGCAAGACCUGGCUAUUUGUCCCGGAUACAGAAAAGAAAACAAGGCUUUGGGUUAUAGGGUCCACUGAAGACUUCUUAUGUUGUUUUUUUUUCAGAAGACGCGACUUUUUGAGGUGAAUAAAUACCUUAUUAAUAAUAGCAAUAUAAAUAUUAGCCAACUUUUGUGCUCGAAACGAAACUACAAAAAAUUGCUCUUCGAUAACUAAGCUACAUAUAUUGCAUAUUUAGGGACAGCUUGUUUAGGCUUGCUGUGUUUCGUAAUAUUUAGUAGGUCUUAUAGCCUAUAUUAUGUGUGUAUGUUUUGUACAGUCCUAUAUAGGCUUAAUAUUAUUGGCCAUAAGGUACAAAUCCAGUGUUCGUCCAGUGCCAGAUGCUAUUUUUUCGGUGUCACCCAAUAGAAUGCCUUUGGAGGAGGAGUUUCAAAACAAUGACUUCACAUAAGACAAUAUAUAAGCCCCCCGUCUCACCGAACAAUUACAGGUUUUAUUGUCUAGUUCAGCAACGACCAGACGUUAAAGAUGAGCCUCACAGCUAAGGACAAAGCACUGGUGAAAUCUUUCUUCGCCAAAAUCGCACCGAAGGCGGAGGACAUCGGUAAUGAGGCGCUGUCCAGGACCCUCUUCGUCUUUCCCCAGACGAAGACCUACUUCUCCCACUGGAAAGACGUGAGCCCUGGGUCUGCCGCUAUCCGUAAGCAUGGAUUGACUGUCAUGACAGGCUAUAUGGAUGCUGUUGAGAAAAUAGAUGAUAUCGCGAACGGCCUUCUCACCCUGAGCGAGCUGCAUGCCUUCACGCUGCGUGUGGAUCCUGCCAACUUCAAGAUCAUAACCCACAAUGUGCUUGUGGUGAUGGCAAUGUUUUAUCCCGAGGACUUCACCCCCGAAGUGCAUGUGGCUUGUGACAAGUUCUUUGGCAAAGUUAACCUGGCUUUGUCCGAGAAGUACCGUUAAAGCGGGAAUAGAAGACAAGUCUCAACUGCUUCAAUCGAGCCUGUCUUUGGUUCGAAGUAAUCUGAGCGUUCAAUAAAUCAAUGCAAGAAGUCAGUUCAUGUGUCAUGUAUUUU